AGAUUAUCGAGUCUCCCAUAUCUGCUUCUUCAUUUUUCCUCUCGUCGAAGUGCAGGGUCCCCUCGGGUGAUUAUUCUGUUGUAUCGACUACUCUUUCGGGACAUAUCACUAUCCGACCUUCAAAUCCAGUAUCUGGCAUACGACCCUGUGGCUGUGCGAUAGGCAGAAAGUUAUCUCUCCUUGUUCAGAAAUCUUUCGUCAUCCUACGCGGUUCUUGUUCACUGAGCUGGUCUCAGACAUCUCGAAUCUACUUCGAAAACAACGUAUGAUUUGAUUGUUGAAGAAGAAAAUUUGCUUUAGACACCAUGAAGCAUCAAUUUGCAGUGUUUAUGCUGGCGGGGCUUACUGUCGCAGCUGAGGAGAAGAAAGAUGGCGGAGAAGAAAAGGGACCGUCGCCCUAUGAUAUCCUCGACGACAGGAUGGCACGCCUCACGAUAUUAGUUCUGGGAUGCAUGGCCGCAUUUGUCUAUAUCUGGCAACUGGCAACUCGUUUCUCCAGCCAUAUUCGACGCCUUGCAAGCCUCAACAAUGACAGACAGCGCUUCUUCCUUCCGCCAGACAUGAGAAUUGCCAGACUGAAGGAACACUUGCUGUACGCUCCGCUAUUCAGGACACGGCACAACCGUGAAUUUCAGCUCUCUCGAGCCGUUGGCAUGGGCACUCUGCCAAGUCGCUUCCAUUCGCUCCUCUUGUUUGGGCUCCUGGUCAUGAAUGUGGUCCUCUGCGUGGUUACGGUUCCCUAUCCCAAGCCCCAGAGUACGGUUGCCGGCGUCCUCAGAAACAGAACAGGCACCAUCGCCACGAUCAACCUGAUCCCUCUCUUGAUUAUGGCUGGGAGGAACAACCCGUUGAUUCCUCUCCUUCGAGUCUCCUUCGAUACAUGGAACCUCCUUCAUCGCUGGCUUGCGCGUAUUGUUGUCUUGGAGGCCGUCGCCCAUAUGCUGUUCUGGAUGGUCGACAAAGUACAAGAAGAAGGAGGCUGGGCAGUUGUUCAAAAGUCAAUUGACGGUAGUAGCCUGAUAACGACGGGUCUGGUGGCCGUCAUUGCUUUCGUCGCCCUCAUGCUACAUUCGUUUUCCGCUCUGAGACACGCCUUCUAUGAGACAUUCCUGCAUGUCCACAUCCUACUCGUGAUAGCGGCCAUGGGAUUCCUGUGGGUUCAUCUCAAAGAAUUUCCCCAGCAGUCUUAUGUGCUCGUUGCACUCAUUGCUUGGGGCCUCGAGCGCUUCACCCGGUUUGCUAUUCUGUUGUAUCGGAACUUGGGCAAUGGUGCUACGACAGCUGUUGUUGAGGCUCUGCCAGGCGAUUGUAUGAGAAUUACCUUGAAGAUGGCACGCCCGUGGCGUUUCCAGCCAGGCCAACAUAUGUACCUCUACGUGCCCUCCGUAGGUCUCUGGACAUCGCACCCGUUCUCCGUUGCAUGGAGCCAGGCGGAGGAGAUCUACACCGAUGAGAAAGGUUUGGUGCAGACCCGUCAGGAUGUGCUUGCACUUCAGAAGGCGACGAUAUCGCUUUUGGUCCGUCGCAGAACCGGCUUUACUGACAAGUUAUAUCAACGCGCUGAGCGGAGCGUGGGUGGGAAGGUCGCUCUCAAGGCUUUUGCGGAAGGCCCUUAUGGAAGCAUUCACACACUUGAUUCUUAUGGGACGGUCCUGAUGUUCGCCGGCGGCGUGGGUAUCACUCACCAUGUCCCCUUCAUCCGCCAUCUCGUUGCUGGCCACGCUGAUGGUACGGUCGCCGCUCGACGCGUGACUCUCGUUUGGGUCAUUCAGUCUCCAGAGCACCUCGAAUGGAUUCGACCGUGGAUGACGAGCAUCCUGGGAAUGGAACGCCGCCGGGACGUCCUUCGAAUUCUGCUCUUUAUUACUCGCCCCCGCAACACAAGGGAGAUACAAAGCCCGAGCGCGACUGUCCAGAUGUAUCCCGGCCGACCAAAUAUCGGUGCUCUGGUCGAUAUGGAGGUCGAGAGCCAGAUUGGCGCUAUGGGCGUCAUGGUUUGCGGUAGUGGCAGUCUCAGUGACGAUGUACGACGCGUGUGCCGCAAGAGACAAACGAGUUCUCACAUCGACUACAUCGAGGAAAGCUUUUCCUGGUAGUUCCUAGACUCAACAAUGGACAGGCUCACGAUCUUCUCUUUCUUUUUGUUCGGAUGGCCACUCUUGAGGUGUGAGGCAUUCUUGUUACCCUUUCAUGUACACGAUUUUUUUGUGAGUUUCUUUUCUUCUUCUUCAUUUUCACUCCUCAGAGCCUUUCUCCCCUGCGUUCAUCUUCUUUACCAUCUAUCCUUGGGAUUCCAUCCGAGUAUGGGUUUCAUGAAGGUUACCGUUUAUCUUUUUCAAAACACCUCGUUUUCUUCUCUCCAUUUAUGUUCAGAGUGCGCAUCAC